AUGAAGCGAUGGUGCGACAGCUUUGACAUGAUGCUGAUGGCUCAAUGCUAUGAUGACGAUGAAGCGAUGUUCACCAUUGCUUCAUCGUGCUAUUUCACGAUCGUCAUCGCACCGAACCAUCAUCAUCAUCGCUUCAUCGUCAUCGCAUUAUCGCGCCAUCGACCCAUUAGUCGAUGCUCGAUGAAUGUAGACAGUAGGGGAGCCGUGUCGGUAGUUAUGGCGAACUUUGUGGUGAUUUCAGUGCUUUUCUUUGUGGCUUUUUCUGAAGCAGCAAGAAUAAAAAGACAGAUAGCAUCACAAACAUUAGAUAACAGAGGAGGAGAAGGACCUGGCCUCUGGUCCAUUGAGGCAACCUUCUACGGCAAUCCUACUGACCUUUUCCGAGAACCCAAUGCAAAUCCGACUGGGCCAAACUCAUAUGAUAAUCGUGGAGGUGAAGGGCCAGGACUUUGGUCUCGAGAACCCAAUUCAAAUCCAACAGGACCGAAUUCCUAUGAUAAUCGUGGAGGUGAAGGGCCAGGACUUUGGUCCCGAGAACCCAAUUCAAAUCCAACAGGACCAAAUUCCUAUGAUAAUCGUGGAGGUGAAGGGCCAGGACUUUGGUCUCGAGAACCCAAUGCAAAUCCAACAGGACCAAAUUCCUAUGAUAAUCGUGGAGGUGAGGGGCCAGGACUUUGGUCUCGAGAACCCAAUUCAAAUCCAACAGGACCGAAUUCCUAUGAUAAUCGUGGAGGUGAAGGGCCAGGUCUUUGGUCUCGAGAACCCAAUUCAAAUCCAACAGGACCGAAUUCCUAUGAUAAUCGUGGAGGUGAAGGGCCAGGACUUUGGUCUCGAGAACCCAAUGCAAAUCCAACAAGCUAUUCAGGAAGGACAUGCGAGUCGUUGGAUGGUUCCUGUGUAGCCAAUGAAAAUGAGUGUGCCAACGAAAUAGAACCAGGCUUGGGUUGUGGUGGAUCUGGAAUGUGUUGUCUCCCUUCUGUCUUACCUGAACAUAUAGGAGGACUUGAAGGCUUGACCGGGCCUAUUCCUGGCACAAUGAUAGUUGGCGGUACAGAGGCCGCGCGGAACCGCUGGCCUUGGCAAGUGUCCCUCCAAACUAACGAGGGGUUUCAUUUCUGUGGAGGCAGUCUGAUUAAUGAGCAGUGGGUUGUUACUGCUGCCCACUGUCUGGACGGAAGAUCUGCUGAUCGUGUUGUAUUAGGGGACCACGAUCUAACAACUAGGCAAGGAACAGAAGUCAUCCGGGGGGUUUCACAAGUUAUACGGCAUCCUAACUUUGUGAACAGGGACCCAUAUCCAAACGAUAUAGCCCUGAUAAAGCUAGCUACACCUGUGUCGUACUCUGCUGCAGUACAACCAAUUUAUAUGCCGAAUGAAGGAGCCAGUUUUCAAAACAGUGAAUGUUGGAUCACAGGUUGGGGAAUAACCAAAAAUACAGGUGACCAGACGAAACUCAAUGAAUUGAGGACCAAUGUAAUAGAUCAACAAUCUUGCGCAAGACAAUGGCAGCCUACUUCGAUCCUGAACACCCAUAUAUGUAUCGGUGAUGGCGAGACCGGCUCUUGUAGUGGUGAUUCUGGAGGACCUCUGUCUUGUAUGAAAGAUGGGAAAUGGAUGCUGGCAGGAGUGACGUCAUUUGGAGUCACGGGGUGCGAGACGAGUGGAUACCCGGAUGUUUAUACACGAACUUCUGUGUACAGACCUUGGAUUGAGUACAUAAUUAGAACAAGUGGAAGAUAAUGCAGCUAUAU